GUCCAAAACCCACCACCGUUCCUGCGCUCGGCUCUUUGGUGUCACUGGUGGCUUACCUCUCUUAGAUCUCCUCUUUCCUCUAAUCGCUACUUUCUUUUCCUUGAUUCUUUGUGUUCGUUGAACGAUCGUUUAUUUAUUGGGUUGUCUUGUGAUUCCUGAUCGGUGCCAAGGAUGGAGGAGUCGGGGAAGAGGGUUUUGUUGACCUCCGGUGGAGAUGAGAUCUCCAAAGGCAUCGCCUACCACCUGGCGAAAUCUGGCUGCAGGCUGGUUUUAAUGGGCGAUGAGGAUCGUCUUCAGAAAAUGGUGGGGGAUAUUAUGAGCUCUUUAGGUGGUUCCUCUCCUUUCAAAGUGGUUGAUUUGAAUAUGGAAGAAGAGCAUGAGUCUUUCUUUGAUGAGGCAGUGGAAUUGGCCUGGAAGCUUUUGGGGUCACUUGAUGCUUUUGUCAGUUGUUAUUCUUAUGAAGGGAAGAUGCAAGAAUGUCUUAAUGUGACUGAAAGUGAGUAUAAAAAGACAGUGAAAGCUAAUUUCAUGGCACCUUGGUUUUUGCUAAAAGCAGUUGCGAAAAGAAUGCGGGAUUUUAAAACGGGUGGUUCUAUAGUAUUCAUAUCCCAGAUAUUAGGGGCAGAAAGAGGCUUGUAUACUGGUGCUGCUGCCUACGGAUCAAGUUUGGCUGCGGUACAACAAUUAGUUCGACUGUCAGCCAUGGAGAUUGGUAAGUACAAAAUACGAGUCAAUGCAGUUGCUCGUGGGUUGCAUUUAGAUGAUGAGUAUCCUCGAUCAGUGGGGAAGGAGAGGGCCGAGAAGUCCACGGCAGAUAUAAUGCCACUGAUGAGGUGGCUUGAUCCGAAGAAUGAUCUUGCUUCCACUGUGAUAUACCUGGUGGGCGAUGACUCCCGCUACAUGACUGGCACUACUAUCUUCGUCGAUGGAGCUCAGUCCAUUGUGAGGCCUCGAAUGCGUUCUUACAUAUAAGCAUUAUAGCUAUUGUUCAAUAAAGCACCUCAGUUAUAGUCUCAUUGACAGAGGGAUAUCUAUAAGUGGGAGUAUGCUUUUGGUGAUUAGUUGUAGGGUUUGCCUUGUGUUGUGGUUGGAUUUAAAGUAUGUAAAACAUAUAAAAGUGGGUGGGUGUUGACAAUUUUUGGCCGUUGCCAAAUGUCUUGCACUUUACGUGCAAUGCCUUCCAAAUGUUUGGUUGGCAUCAGGAUUACAAAUGAAGGAUCAUUGAAAUAUAUAGUUGAUUGAUUGAAUGUAUGA